AUGUCGAUUGGGCGCCUGAACAGUCGUGUAUGUGCGCCGAUUCGCACUUCCUCACGCGCUAUCCAGCUCCUGAAUCCAGCGCGCGUCCCUCGUCCCUCCCCCCAUGAUCGCCUGCUCCCUCCGCUAGCAAUCGCGCGCCUGCACAUGGUUCCCCCACUCCUAUUCCCCAACGGCCCCCUACUCUCCCUUUCCCCCUCUCCCCCUUCUCCCCCUCUCCCCCUACUCCCCUUUCCCCCUCUCCCCCUCUUCCCCUCUUCCCCUCUUCCCCUUCCCCCCACCUCCCCCCUUUCCCCCGCAUCCGCCCCCCAGCCACUGCGCCAUCCACACGGUACCUUGCCAACCUCCCCCCUUUACCUCGCAACAUGCCUCUGCCUCGCCAUGGGGAAUCUUUGGGAGCAGCUGAGCAAGGCUCGCCUCCACCUGGCGGAGGCCAUGGCUCUCGCGCGCCACUGGGGGCGCACGCUCGUGCUGCCACGUGUCUGCAGCAGCCACAUCGGCGGCAACAACCUGCCACGUGGCAUGAUCCCCGCGUGCGCAUACUUUGACAUGGUGGGAGCUGAUGGGGCGGUUUGUGCCGUGGGUGCACGAGGAGUAUCUCUGGUGCCCGCUUGGGAGGGGCGCGGGGGAGCGAGCUCCGGGGAAAGGGAAAUGCUCGCUCUCUUCCAGGGUCACGAGUAUCAGGAGAGCUCAUGCAGGCAGCAGGGCAACGCAUCUUCAGGGAGAAGUAAGCACCCAUCCCAGCUGCUCCUGCCCUCACCAUCAGGUUUCUUUCUCAGUGCUUUGUGCUUCUGCUUCUCCCCAAACAGCUUGUCCCCUCACCUGGCUGUUCUCCUAGCUUGCUCCAACUCCCCCUCUGCUAUUUGGCAGCCACAGUCGUACCAUUCUGCUCUGAAAUGCACAGCUGCUGUUCCUAGCUUGCUCCAACUCCCCCACUGCAUUAGCGUGGAUGAGUCUGUGCCUGUGCCUGUCCCUGUGCCUGCACAUGCCUCUGCUAUGCACGGUGCGCACAGCAACGAGCGGCUGGGCAGCAACAUGGAUGGGGAUCUGCACAACCUGCAUGGGGACGAGGCAUUGCAGCACCUGCACCUGCACCUCACGCUCCUGCAAACCCUACCCAUCCGCUCCCUGCUCACAUCGUCCCAUACUCCUCUUCCCUCCUCGCUUCAUCGCAUCGUUUCUGCCCCUCGCGCCAUCCCAUGCCACUCUCCCCUUGCCUUUCCUCCCUCAUAUCGCUUUGCGGCGUAUCGACACCCCACAGCACCCCUCUCCACCCCUCCGUCUCUCCAGUCUCUCUGCAUCUGCUCUUCUCACGCCUCUCUCUGGUCCGUUCCCUUCCCAAGCUCGUUCAUGCUGUGCCAGGAAACCUUUUCCCACAGACUUGGCGUGUGGGGGGGUGGUGCUUGA